GUCGGCACAUAAAUAGAAUACCCGAAGCAAAGCUGUAUGCAUGAGUGAGAUUUGUAUGAAAGAAAGUCUUUAUUUUGUGACGGAUGAAAUCCAACUCACUGUUAUUUGGAGGGUGACAUGUUGGCCGCAAGAAAACGCAUAGUUCAGAAGCUAUGCAUUGCAUUGUAGCGGAUUCUGUAUCCAUAGUUCCAAGAGAAAAGCCGACCAGACCGAUCGCGGUUUGUAUCUCUGUGUAGAAUGACCGAUGCUCGCAAGCCGCGAAGAUGCCAGGUUAUAAUGCUGGACGAUCGCCGGUUAGAUCUUUUGGUUCAGGUAACGUAAAUGUCUGUUUUGACCAGCUCGACGAUUUAAAAAGUUCGCAAAAGCCAGGGGAUUUGUUACAGUGAGGCUAAUAUCAUAUGUGAAUAUGUUUCCCGCUUUCAGCCUCGUCUUAUGGUUUGCGAUCUACUGGAUAUGGUCGCUUCUCAAGUCGGGCUACACGAAAAGGAAUAUUUCGGUCUUUCCUACCAAGAUGACAUGUAGGUUGAUUAGUAUUAUUUGUACAAUGAUUUUAACAGCUUAAACGGUUUAUUUUGCUUAGUAAAGACACGCUAAACUUGGCAUAAAAGUGAUGUAAACAUUUCGCUGUCGUUCCUUCUUAAACCACUACGGCACUAGCUCUCUGAACAAGUUUUUCAUUUAGUUUUGUAAAUGUUUCAAUUUUUUGUUUUAAAACCAUGAAAGCCCUUGGGCGGAAACGUUUACUGUUUGCCAGUUUAAAACCGUUUCAAGACACUUUAUAGCUUAACUCGUUGUCUUAAGGAGUAUGUUUAGGUUAAUUUGAUGUGUUCCAGUUUUCAUUGUGGAAUUAUCUAAAUUCUCUCCAAUUUUGCUCUGGCGUUCCUCGCUGGGCUGAAACUAGUAUUUCACUUUUGUCUUGCUGUUACACUUGGAUUGUUCGAAUUUAUUAAGUUAGUUCUCAAAUUUGAAAUUCCCAAUUUAAUAAUUUUAUUUCCUCUGGCAAAUUUACCGGUUUUCGAGUGCAUAAAACAUAUAGGCUUUUAGAUUUGAAUAUUUUGCCCUGUUAUCCUCGGGGGGCAUUGUUGUUUUUUCUCACAGAACCUUGCUGAUUUCUCGCUGUUUUUAGCCCGUAUGUUCAAGGCUCAACGAGUGAACGUAUUCGCUCAUCAAAACAAAUUGAAUUUCAUCGCUAUACUUAGCACAAGGUUACUAGGCGCUAGAUCAUACUAAUUACGCUAAUCACGUUUGGACGGUGAAAUUUUUGUCACAUGGAUAACUCCGAAACACGUUAUUUUUCUUUACACACAAACCACUUUUGUUAUGUGUUCAGAUCUGUAACAUAGUUUCUGAACGUUAUGGAUUUCCGUAAAAGAAGCAAAUUUAAAGCAUUUCCUGGGUCAAUUCUGUACCAGGAAACUACGUAAAUAUAGCCAACUUUUUGUCGCUGUUGGGUGACGAUAGAAGGGUGUUUUACAAGAGGAUGCCCCUAAUGAGAUUAGAGAUGUUCCUAAGGUUUUUAUGCAUCAUAUUCCUAUUUUUUCUAUACCCAAAGCAAACAGGCUGAAACAUUGGAACUGCUUAAUUGAAUUCCAGUUAUUGGCAUCCCAACUUCUCAAUUCAAAUUUACUACAACAUAAACUUUAUCUUUCUAUUCUUCAAUGCCCAAAAUGACGAGAACGAUUUGAUUGCAUGUACCCUAUUUAAAAACAAAACCAGUCGUUUACAUGUAUGUGAUUAUUGCGAGUCAUUAAAGAUAUAAUUGAAUUACAUGCCUACUUAUGAUUUAAAUUAUCUGCUUGGAAUAAGAAGUGACACCAGGAAAGUCUAUGUUACUGUCACCGGCUAGACAUGUCUUGAAUUUCUUAAGAAAAUAACACAAAUAAAAUAUUGAAACCAUCAGAUGCAAUCAUUGGAAAACAUUUCAGUUUCAUGUGAGCUUUAAGUGUAUUUAUAGUUUUGGUGAGUUGUAAGUGUUUACAACAUCAUGCAUUACAGAGAAACUCAAGUGGCUUGUGUUGCCCUAAUCAUGCAUCAUGUCAUAUUCAUAAUCAUUAUAUAUUGUCAUGGGUUUAUGGAAAUAGCAAACAGUGGAAGUCACUGCAGACAAUAACUCAGCAACAUGUCACGUUAAAAUGAAACGUUUGUCCAAAGAAAUGUAUUGUUUGAAUUUUAAAGUCAUUGAAACAGUAUAUUAGGGGUUAUGGAGGAUCUUGGAAGUGAAACUUCCUCAUAGAUCACUGUUUAUGCCGGGUUGUGCUCUAGCAGAGCCCAGUGAUCCUCGGUGACCCAAUUUUUACACUCGGGCAACCAGAAAAUCUUAGUUUUUUCAUUCAAAUCAUAAUUAUACUUCUUUGCUGAGUACCAUAAAUUUUACAGGUUUAGAGUACUGGGCUCUCUUCCUUUUUCCUUAGAGCACAGACUUAUUAUGUUUUUAUUGUCUUUAACCCCCUGGCAGUGAUUUUGCCAAUCAUACUUUUUAUGGGUUUUAUGGGUGAUUAACUGACUAUUCAAACCAUGUCACUGCCGGGGAAAAAAAGAAAAUUAACAUGUCCAUAGGAAAACAUAAUUAUUGCUUCAGUUUUCCAGUUAAGAUCCAUGAGCUUAGAACUACUUUUCAUUCAAAAUGUGACAAUUUACUUGCCUAUAGGGAAAUUUGUCUUGAAAGAUGAUAGCCCUUCUCUGAUGCACCACUAUGACAUUUUUUAGUAUUAUCAGCUUAAAACUUUUGUGACACAUAUCUUGGAUUUGUUAUAUCCAAAGUUGAGCUCUAUAGUAUUAAGUGAAAGAUUUUCUCUUUUUGUUUUGUUGAAUUUCAUGUUAACUUGCCUAUAGAUGACUGGGUUGAGCUGAUUCAAGUGGUAAAAUGUACCGCUUGAAUCAAGUCAACUUAACCAUAAGGAAGUUAACUUGAAACUCAACAACAAAAAAUAUUUAAUACUUAAUUGCAAUGUAAUACUCAGGGUUUUUCCUGCUUUUGGAUUGGUCAAAGUUGUUUUUUUUUUAUUAUUUCAACAAAUUGAAAAUAGCAAACUUGUUUGUACAUGUUCAUCUUAUAGCUUUAAUUAAUGGCCACUUACUUAUAUGCUAGUGAAUAAUAAUGUCUUUAUUAAGAAAUAAUACUCAAAUUACAAUUGCAAGCUAAAAAUGCAAUGUUAGUGUGUAAGAAGAAAAAAUGAUUAAGAUAAAAUUGAACAUCACAGAAAUAUCAUAUGAUUGAGUUAAUAAGAUUAGGUUCCAUCUUUACGGUCUAAAAAUGUAUUGUAUUAUAUAAAUAUCUUAGAACAAAUAAAUAAAUAUUACUAGUUAUUGUGGAGACUAUACUUAGAGAAGGUGACACUAGCCAGUUACAAUAGGAAUGUACAUGUAUAAGUGCACUGCUUAACAGUAGGUUUUGUAAAGUUAAAGCUAAGCUCGAGGUUUUGAUUUUGCAAGUACCGGUACUACAAAAUAUAAAAGUUUCAACUGAUAAAAUUAUUGACGCAUCUAGUUUUUUCUCUGUUUUGGAGAAGAUUUGAAAGUUCUCUGCUGCCUGACUUGUAACCAAAGCCCUCUUUCACACCCAACCCAUAUGUAUGUUGCAAUAAAUAUUAAAAUAAUAAAUAUUUUAAUAUUUCAAAGGCAAACCAGUGUGAAUAAUUGGGUUCAUGACUUUCUGUUAAACAAAAUCACUUACAUACAGAUGGGACAAUAUUCGUCUAUUCUACGGAGAGUAAUUUUGGGUCUUUUGGUUAGUAAUUUACAUUAAUUAGCAAAUUAAGGAUCCCAGUAUUUUUCUGUUAGAAUAUUUAUAGUGAGGCCACAUCUACAUUUUCAUUCAUGAAAUCAUCUUUUAGUUUUGCUAUAGAAUUAAGUUCAUUUGGGAAGGUUGGGGUGACAUACUCAGCCAUGAAAAUGAUGUCAUUUAUUUAAAGGAGAAAUUUUGACAGGGAUAACUGAAGAAAAUAAUGGCCAUUUUUCCAGGAAGUGAUGUUCUUAUCUUUAUGAAUGAAAAUUCAUGCCUUUCCUUCCCUAGGAGUAACCAGAACUGGUUGCGACUCGACAGGCGGGUUUUAGAUCAUGACCUUCCAAGAUUUCAGGAGCCUGUCUUACUUAUGUUCUGUGUCAGGUACGAAAAGUGAGAUUACACCUUUAUAAAAGACUGUUCUUUUGAACUUGGAUAAUGUUGUUUAAGUUGGUUUUCAUCUCUGCUGCGAAAGCAGCAAAGAAUUGUAAAGAUUGUUAACCUUUGAAAUUAUUGAUAAUGAACACUGUAUUUCAGCACUUGUGUGUACAUGUGUUGUUGGUCAUUUAAUGUUACCUUUCCUAAUGAAAUUAGCAAUUAAUUUAGAUGACAGAUUCUCCAGAAGUCACCUAAUAAUUAAUUAUAGGUCACUCUUGACAGGGAUUUAAAAUGCAUACCCCAAUAUCCUUGUUUUAUCAACCGGUUAAUUGAUGUAUUUCCUGUGGAUGAGACCCCACAUGUGGGAUGAAUAUUCAUGCAUCUGGAGAUUUGCUUUCCCUGUACCCAUUUCCUCUAUAGUACAUUUUGAGCUUGAAGCAGGAAAUCGGUUAGGGUAUCUGUUGUAGGUAUCUGUUCUCAGGUUAAAACAGAAUACCUUUGUCUGAUAUAAAUAGCUAGGGCUAAGAAACAAAAGAAAUUGGGAGUAAAUCUCUGUUUAAUACUUGUUUAACCCUGAGAGUGGAACACUACACUUCUAACCACACCAGACAUGCCCUAAUAAUAGAAUGAUAAAUUGUCUGAUGACUUAUCCUAUUAGGCGAGGUUAAUAAUGAACAGUUAUUGAGUGAGGUGUUUGUGAUAUCCAACUGGUGUGUGGAGUCAAGCUGCCGUGCUGUCUUUAACGGCUGGUGGCUAGGGAUUUCCCCUGGCUGUCAUGAACAUGCCCUCUGGGCCAGAACCAAAAAAACCCAGUGUUCUUAUCAGACCACGGCAUGGCCGCACUUUUUCAGGAAAUGCUGCUCUAUAAGUAGCCCAAAGGGUCCCAAGGGCGCAAAGAAUGAAAAAAAAAGCUUAUUACAAAACAUACGUACACAUACGUACGUUUCCUUAUGAUAUAAGCCAAAAUUUAAUUGGUUAUGGCAUCUUUACUCUGACUCAGAGCUGUAAAACGUUGAGUUAACUGUAUGUAAAAAUUGGAUAUUUAUUAUCUAAGAAAGUAUGAAGGGUUUACUCUGACUCAGACCUGUGAGUUAAACUUUGAGUUAACUGUAUCUAAAAAUUGUGACGCAAAUUUCUUGCUCAUGACCCGGGGACCACAGGACCCAUAGAGAAACUAAAAGGGGGGUGGAAAAUCCUGGUGAGAACACUGAGAACCUCCUAGCUGUUAAAGUCCAAAGAAAGUAAGUUUUACAGUUUGCCAUUCGGGCAAACUGUAGAUAGCAUGUACCAGCCCAAGAGUCAUUUUAACUUCCCUGAUAAACAUUUUUGAUGAGCAGGAUUGAUAAUUUGAAUUGCCCCAAAAAAAUUCGCUUAAGCAUUGGGCAAGUUAAGAACAGAAUUCACCAGCCCAAUCGCAAAAUCCACUAACCCUGAGCUAUCAAACAUGACUUUCUUUGCACACUGAGCUGUUGAAAUCCUCAUCUUCUAAAUAGAUAUAUGUUACAGGUUAACGUAGUAAAUUCAGGUUAAAAUUUUUCAACCUACAUACAGGUUGAUUCUCAAUAGAGCGUUUUCUCUCACAUUGCACUCAUCCGUGCAAAUUUAUUGGAACAAAAGAAAGUGUUUACAUAAGAAAAGAGUUCAAUUCCCACAGGAUUGGUUAAUAAUUGGAACACCAACAUGGCUGCAGUUCCAUUGUUUUGGAACACAAAUAUGGCCGACGUGACAUCAUGUGAAAACGCUCUAUUUUCUUUAUCUCUUAGCCCUAAUUAUUCAUGAAUUAGGGCUAAAGAUAAAGGAAAUCGAUAAUCAACCCAGAAUUAAACAAUUUUAACCUGAAUGUAAUUUUGAAUAAAUUGUAACAUAUACACCACAACUUGAUGUUUUAGUGACAGCCAAUAGCCCUGCAGUUCUGUUUUAUGCUACAGGCCAAAAUUAAAUUCAGGGCCCAGUUGCUCAAAGAAUGCUUAGCGUUAACCAGCGUUUAAUACCUUGACAACGUAUUGGUUUUGAUACUGCUUAACCAAUGAUUAAAGCUAACCAUGCUUUGGGCAACUCAGCCCAGGUUGAUAUCGUUUGAACCUAGACAAUAAUUUUGGUUGAGUCUCAAUCCUUUGUCUUUUAGCCUUAAUUAUUCAUAAAUUAAGACUAGGAGACAGGAAAUUUGGAAUCUACCUACAUGCAGGUUAAAAAUUGUUACCCGAAUUUAAUUUCCACUGUCAACAUAUGCAUGUCUGUGUAUUUUAUGUUUGAAGAGGAUCUUUGCUACUUGUGUGCUCUUUAAGCUUCUUGAGUAUAUUUUGGGGUUCAAUUUUAUCCUUGGUUUAAUUAUAUUCUGCUUUGUUUGUGGCUAUAGUAAUGUAUGAAAAUGAGUUUGAAACAAAAGAAGGAUAUAUGUAAUUUGAACCUGAUGUUUACUUUAACCCUUUUUUGUUAGGUUUUUUGUCCCAAAUAUUUUAAUCCUGAAGGAAUCAACCACCGUAGAACUUUUUUUCCUUCAAGCAAGAAUUCUUAUUUUUAAGGUAUGAUUUUAACUUUGCAUUUAUUACCAACCACUCAGUUUAAACUGGUUUUAUGCAUUCUUAGGUUCCUCUAAGUUUCCUCUUUAAAAUUAUCCGAUUUCAGUAUUUUAAAAUUUAUUAUGAUUUAGCGUAUAAUUUGUAGCAAUGAUAGUUGUUGCUUUCCAUUUAGGGAACAAUUCAAUGUGACAGUGAAACUGUUUUUGAACUUGCUGCUCUUGCACUUCAUGCCACUAAUGGAGACUUCACAAGGUUUGUUGUCAUGCAAUAUCGUUAUUUGUAUGAUUGCCAGAAAAUUAUUUAGAGUGGUGACUUAUAUUAAAUCCUAAGAUUUUCCGUCACUUUUUUGUGUUUGGAGUCCCCAAAGACACCUCAAACCAAUGGAGGAGCAGUGGGGGUCCUAAGAAUGACAGUGCCCCACGAGAAAGUUGGUUCCCAAGCUUCUGCAAGGAGUUCCAAUGUGAAUCCCCAAUCAGAACACUGAAAAAGCAUUCUUGUUGAGAGCUAUUCAAAUAUUAAGUGCGGUACUUUUGAAAAAGGAGUCAGAAAAAAAGAAGUUAAAAAGUCUCUUUUUAUUCUCAAGAAAAGAGUUUUGCAGUUUUACUCAGUUCUUAACUAAGUUAUUAAUAAACUAAUGCCCAAAAACUUGGUGUUAGAGAGGACUCGCAUGCUGUUUUGCAUCCCUUUUUUGUUUUUCAGUUGAACAGAACAUCUCAGACAUGUAUUCAUUUGUGCAUCAGGGAAAACCCUGAAAUACAAAGAUAUAUUUUGCUCAGUUUUUACAGUGGGAAAAGUGCAUUUCAGCUAGGCAUUUUUUACUUAGAAUUUAGCAGGGAUAUAUAAACCCGUAACUGUCAGCAGAAUCGAUAGGUCUAGAGGAUUGUGGAGUAAGCAUAGUAUAACUCUUUCACAGUGAAGAAACAGCAAGAGCAGAUCUCCGGAAACUUCCUGUCCUCCCCAUGAGAACGCUGAAAGAACGUCCGUCAAUAAGUUCAUGGUGAGUUCAGUUGAAGUCUGUCAAGUCUGUCAAAAGGAAAAUAGAAAGGAAAAUAGAAACAAGAGAACUUCCUCUUUGUACAAUUUCCUGCCUACAAAUUGCAUACACCUGGCAACUUGAAAUCUUAGAGAUGGCCCUGAUCUUCUCCCUGCCAGCUUUUUUCUGCAUUAGUAAUGCAUAAAUUUAUUGAAACAGAUAUAACUACCCAUUCACCGACCAGUCACAGUGAUUUUUUUACUUCCUGUGUCCUGUGUCUUUGACGCAUAAAAAUCCCUAAAGAUGCAAAAUAAUUUGCGGCACGUGUCCCAUAGGACGCAAAGAUUGAUAGCUAGAUCUGAAGAUCUUUAUGUAGAAUAUCCUGUUUGUGUGAUUUCUGUGUCUGUUCUUGUGGCUGUUGCUGAAGGAUGCUUAUUUCUUUUAGUCUUUGUUGUGCUUUACAACAGAAGGAGUAUAUUAUCAUUUCAGUAAACUGUAAUACAGAGUGUUCGAGUCUGUCUUCAGACUAUCUGUGUGUUGCAAAAGACCCAGGGACUCAUAGUAAUGCAUAAAUUUAUUGAGGCAGAUACAUCUACCCAUUCACCAGCCAGUUAUUUGAACGAUUCAAUUAUCCUCAGAGGAUAAUGUCAUGUUCUUAAAUGUUUUUUUUUAGUGAAGAUAAAGUUAUAGCAUAUUACAAAAAGUCUGCUGGCCAGACAAGAGGAGAAUCUGUUAUAAGGUAAACUAUUUAAAUUGAUGUCCAAUUAAAAAUUUACAUGCAGAAAGUUAUCAUUAAAGUAUCUACCAUUAUUAAAGCACUUCUAAUCCUACCACUUAGGUAUCUGUGUAUUUUUCAAAGCUUACCCACAUAUGGUGUACAUUAUUAUGAAGUCAAGGUAAGGAAAUCAUUAAUUCUAAUGUUGGACGUUAACCAAUCUUCAAAACACAUUAAUAAUUCUCACAAAAAUAAUACAAAUACUAAUCUUCAGUAAUUUUGAUUGUCUUUGGCUGAGCUUUUAUUUUUAAUAUUCUUAGAGAAAAAUAAUUAGCAAUGAAAAAGGUACUGAUUAUUUGUUAAAAAAUGGAGAUGUUAGAGAAAUUUUUAAAGCCAGUUAAUACUCGCUGUUUAUGUUUUAAGACUCUUGGGUUACAAAUCGUGUUUUAAACUUGUCAAAAUACCCCUUUUCAUUGAAUAAACUAUACAUGUACACAUGUAGCAGUCAGAUCUUUGUGAAUUUAAACUAGCUUUAGGCACUCACGCAUACAUGUACCAUUGUUUUUUCACUGUAGGACAAGAGCAAUAUGCCUUGGUGGCUUGGACUUAGUCCUAAAGGAAUUGGUGUCUAUGAUCAUGGAGACAAAAUUAAGCCCAGAAAGGUACUCUUGAAAUAUUAUUGCUCUGCUUAAUUAGAGGAUCUUUCGACAUACAAUUUGUAAUGCAAUUCAUUUUUACAACAGAUUUUCUUGUGGAGUCAGAUUGAGAACAUUUACUUCCGGGACCGUAAAUUUUCUCUUGAAAUAAGGGACUCUUACAGGUUAGUUGUGUAUUGAAUGUAGCUGAAGAAGUUUGAGGACUAAAUUAUUAUUGUUCAAGUACUGUUAGGGCCUUUGAAAUCAUCUAAACAGGCCAUCUGAUAUUACGCGACGGUGCGAUUUUGGAACUAUUGACCUCAAAUCGCAUCUGAUCGCACAAUUUGAGGAAAAUUGCAUAAUUUGUAAAAAAAAUGCUAAAUUCAAGUAAAGUAAACAAUGAAUUCUAACUUUAAUGAAACAUUUUCCCAAUCUUAAUGUUAUUUAAAGUGAUUUACCACUAAACAAAGCCUUGCAAGACAUCUGAAACCUUUGAUCGCAGUAUCUGGGCAGCCAUUUCGAUUUUAGAGACAAGCAGUUUGGUCAGCGGUGUAAGGGCAUCAUGUACUAUUAAGCAAGUGUCCUUUUUCUUUUCCGUGUCAAAAUAGUCGGGAAAAUUUUACUAUUUUGUUUUAAAAUAGAUUUUUUAUUGUUCCUUUACAUUCAAAUUUCCCGUUAAACAACAUUAAAGUGGUUUUUCUCCUUUGAAACCUGGUAAAACAAUGUAAAUUAGCCCUAAAAAAAUCACAUAAUUUACCACAUAAUAGUCCUAUAUAACAGGCGGACAAAUUUUACUAUUUUGUUUUAAAAUAGAUGUUUUCUUGUUCCUUUACAUUCAAAUUGCCCGUUAAACAACAUUAAAGUGGUUUUUCUCCUUUGAAACCUGGUAAAACAAUGUAAAUUAGCCCUGAAAAAAUCGCAUAAUUUACCGCAUAAUAGUCCUAUCUUAUCGCACAAUCUACCCUGAAAAUAUUGCACAAUUUCUGAUUUUUUAUCUCACUCUAUCAGAUGGCCUGCAGGGCUGGAACUUGGCGGUGGUCUACUAGCCAAAUACCAUUAUAUUUUGAUUUUUGGCUAGUGGAUUUAGCUCAUUUACUAGCCAUCUUGGCUAGUUAAUUUUCGCCCCUGUAAAUAACAUAAGCCUUGAAAUGUUUUCAACAUUUUCCCAGUUGAUCCGCACCUUCUAGUAACCUCUUAUUUCAUUCCCCCAUUAAUAACUGGCAUGAAUAAAAGAAAGAAAAAUAAUUCUACAUAAGAAUAAUAUUUGUUAAUUCGGUUUUCAGUUUCGCAUUUAUUCGCUGCCAUCUUGAAAUUUGGUAUGACCAGGGAGCAUGGGCCAAGCCGUACCCAUGAUGCAAAGCUAGCAAAAAAACAAAUGUCCGCCAUCUUGAAAUGCAAAUGUACGAUCACAGUCCACGCGUGAUUGUCAUGGAUAUUAGGGCAUUUCUGUUGUCAAAUAAAACAACUAAAGGUCUAAAGAGAGCAAGUGAUGAUUCUGCUAGAGGCAGUGUGUCUACAUGUAAAUCUUCAUCAAAACGAAAAUUUUUUCGGAUCUGGCUGAAAGACUUUCCAUGGCUCACAUACGAUGUUACGAGUUCAGUAAAAUUUAUUGUUGUGUUGUAACUAAACAUACAAAACAAGAUGCAUUUAAAUUCUUCUUGUGUUGCAGUUUUUAUUCACGUUUGAUAAAAACAGGAUUUUUGACAUUUUUUUUAUUUUAUGCUGGACAGAAGUGCCUAGACUAGUAGAAACACGUUUAUGGCUAGUAAAGCCCGAGCAUGUACUAGCCAUUUGACUAUUAAGUUCAAAAGUUAAGUUCGAGCCCUGGCCUGUCUAAAGGUCACAAUUUUUCUUUUGAAAACAUUUAUCCACACUGGAAACUAUGUAGUCUUAACAGGCUGUCGCAUCUGUCAUACUUAAUAAAAAGAAUAAUGGCUUUACAACAAAUGAUUGACAAGAAAAACAUGUUUUCAUUUAUUUAGUUGAUUGUGUCCAGUUUUUACCUGUGACAAAUUUUGUCCGUAGUACCUUUGAAGAUUGUCCCAUCUGGGACAAAAUAUAUAAAACCGUGACAAACCAUAUGCAUUUGUUAAGCUUUGGGGAUGACAGAGACAGAGAAUUUGUCUAAAAAGCUCAGGUUCAUGGUUCAGUGCUGCUCAUUAAUCAAAAUGUUGUUUUUCUGCCGGGACGUGCUGUAUCUUCUAUGCAAGCAAUAUGAUCAUGUCAUAAUGUUGUCAAAGAACCAAGCUGCACACUCCCCUGACAGUCACUUGAUCAACUUAUUUGCAAAUAGCUGUAAAUUCAUCAGCCCUGGAAUAAAACCUUCCAGUCAACAAUAAAUUCAGCGUUGGUAGUGUUGGCAUAAUCCACUAAUUUUUUCUGCGAUUUUAGUACUUCUCCAUCCUACCUCAGGUUGCUCUGAAAUACACUUGUAGUUUGAAAUACACUCUGAGAUCGCUGAGAGACAUGUAGUGGGAUUAUUAAACAAUAGAAUUAAUAAUAAAUUGGAAAAUAAUUUCAUUAAUGAGCAUGUGCUGAACCGUGAACCUGUCCCUUAAACACUGUUAAGAAGAAUCAUCAAUGCUUUUCCUAUUCUGCCCAUAAAUGCAAAAAAUUAGUCAGAUGAUCUGUAAAUAAGAUGUAAACUUGAGUUGUAAAAGAACCAUUUUAAAACUUUUUUGUGUAAUGCUUCAGCUCAGUUAUUUUUUCACUCUGCAUGCUUUGAUAAACCUCUUACAACCUUUUGUGAUUUUCCAUAUUCCAGAUAUGAAUUUAAGGACAGUAAAGCUUGGUAUGUCGCAGUUUGUGGACAUCCUUGUUAAAAGUCUUUUUGCUUAUGAUAACUCAUCUGUGAAUAUUGCAUGUAUGAUAAACAUAUAAAAAUUUUAUUUUAAAAUGAAAGUAGAAUCUGUUAUUAAACUUACAGUCAAUACACCGUGAAUAAAAAAUACACCAUGAAUAAAAAAUUAUGUAGUCCUUUCAUUUACCAACUAAAUUCAGCCAAACAUGAAUUACUAUUAAAAGAAUAGAUUAAGCUGCACUCAUUAAGGUGCAGGUCAGUUCAUGGUUCAAUUUCUGUAAUAAUUCCAGCAAUGUUUUGUCUUUAAUUUUAAUGCCUGUGAUGGCUUAUCUGUGGACUUAAAGUUAGAACCAACUCUUUCAGAGUAAAAUCAUGUAAAAUGGAUGCGUGGGUUAGAAUGUUAUAGAUAACUUGAACACUGGCCCUUAAUUUCAUGUUAAAAUGAUAAUUUUUCGUCAAGUAGUAAGCUCCUAACAACGUUAAAACCUUAGUUGUGCAGCUAAUUUGCAAUUUAUUAUAACCAAAUCCGUAGAACCUUCUUGAGCUGUGCUUAAGCAUGAAAGUAUUAAAUUAAUGUACUGUGAACAUAAUUGUAAAAAAAUUGUUUUUUAACUCGUCAGGUCAAAUACAAUAACUCGCAGACCAGGUGCAGGGAGCAUGAUGGUUCAUGCUUGGUUUUCAAGUACCGCUGCGUCAGCGAAAACUAUGUGGACAAUGGCGAUAAGCCAACAUCAGUUUUACCUGGACAAGAAACAAGUAGAGGUGAGAGCAAAACAAAGCUGACUGUGUUUAAAUCCUUGUCUCAAAUCAGAUAAUUAGAUCAGUAGGUAAUAGUGAUGUUGGGCUCUUGUCUCUUGAUCUUAAGUUACACUGUUUAUAUCCUUAAAACGGAUUGAGAGUGCUUGUUGUCAAACGCAGUACAUCAAUUUUUUUUUUUUUUCUAUUUCUGCCUAAAAAUUUACUUGUCAGCAAUUCUCUUUUUCGCCAUUUGCACAUUUCCCAUAAUACACCUCCCCACCCCUGCCGAAAAAAAAAAAAAGUAUAAUCAUUGUCUUCAGUUUCUCUUGGCGCAACCGUAAUACCCAGAAGAAAUUAACAGCAAUGGUUAUGCAAAAUUUUUGGGGGGCACAAAAUGUGUAUUAUGGGAGAUGUGCAAAUUGAUGUCAAAUUGUUAUAUCAUUUUUGGUGGUCAGCAUAAGUGUUAUGGCUGCAACCGUGUUGUGGCAAAUUUCAUCAGUCCUUUUACAUUGUAUUUGUGAAGUUGUAAUCCUGCGAGUGCACUGUUGCAGGCUAGGGUCACGUUGCGUAGAACUCUUCGAGACAUGGCACGUGAGCUGUCACUGUCCACAGGCUCUCUCCCAUCUUCAACUUCAGACAGCCUAAGCACAAAGAGUGACCAGUCCCAUAGUUUAUCAAGCCUGAGCAUCAAUGGAGGUAAAUUUAGUCUUGUUUUCUGUAUUCUCGAAUACUUCCCUCAAACAGGGUAACUUUGGAAAACAAAACAAUCUACACUCCUCCCCCCUCCCCUCAGUCACUUUUAUUAUGUUUUCCUGCCAUCUUUGCCUGUGUUUAUGUUGUGGGUAAAAUCUGUUCUCAGCUUAAACCAGUAUUCAAUCUACAGCUGUAGUUUGAUUUAGAACUUCCUUUUUUUCCUAGCCCUAAAUAUUCAUAGCAGGGAAAGGAGACAUAGGAGACAAAGGAGCUCCUGGUUUAACCUAAAAACGUAUUUUACCCUGACAUACAUGUAUCCUCUUCAUGGUAAAUAAAACCCCACCGGAUAAAAAGAAAAAUGCCUCGGAAGUUUGAACGUAGUGCACCUCUUACCACUCUGAAGAAUUUUAAAAUAGGGGUGAAGUGAAUAAAAAAGUAACUCAAAGAGACUUUAAAAUAGUGACUGCAAACAGUUAGUAGAGGUCAAGGUUACGGUAAUUAAGGAAAACGAGGUUUGGGACUUUGUCUCAAAUAAACAUAAAAUAGCUUCAUUACUUGAGUAAUGUGUAAACUUUUCUUGAAUGCUCUUUUUCUUCUUACAGGUGAUAACUUGUCUUCUCUUCCCAAAGCUGUAGAUCGUGAGAGGUUAACAGCUUUGGCAGCAAGAAAGGAAGCUCUUUUGGAAAAAUUGUCAGAUAAGAUGGAUGAACUGAAAAAGUUGUGCAUUCAAGAGGCAGUAAGUGUUUAAAGUCUGGUUCCCUAGGUGCUACAAACCAGCCCCCAAGAGUCAUUAUUUUUUUUGUCUUUGUACCAUGAUAAAGGUGAUAAAUUGCCCGUAAACCUUACAAGAACAAUGGAGCAAGUCAUCGUUUCAUUGACGUGGUAGCGCUUAUGCUUGUCACUCUUCUCAAUUCUGCUGAAUCUCUCCAUUUCUCUUGGCUCUAUUCUGUCACAAAAAAAUUGCAACAUAUUGAUAGUCAAUUGUUUUCAUCUUUUUAGGUUCUUUCAGCUUCCUCUUGGCUGGGUAGAAAAAAACAACUAGUUUCUCCCCACCCCCAGCAAAAUAAAGAAAGAAACGGAUAAAUGAAAAUAAAAUAGAAUAGAACGAUAAUGAAUAAAGUGAAGCCUCGACAGAACGAGGGGCCAAGGAACUGGCAAAACAUGUUCGCUACUACGAGGUUUCGUUAUAUCGAGGUUCUUUCCCUCAUAAUUUACCACAUUGUAUUACUGGGGCGAGGAAUAUCGUUCGUCAUACCGAGGACUUUGUUACAUAGGGCGAGUUAUUUACACGUACUUUAGCCAGUGUUUAACAAAACCGCAUUCUAAACUAUUUUCAACUUGCCCAACGGUUUUUAUCUAAACACCAUUUAUUGUGAACAGUUUUAUGAACCAUGUAGAGUAGACUAAAAAGCGAUAAUCAUCUUCUUAAAAUAACUCUCUAAGGAAGAGAUCUCGAGGUGCAAAGCGUUGUUAAACCGCGGCUUAAGUUAGACUUUGUUUAAAUAACCGACCCAUAGAGUUUCGUUAUAGCGAGUUCCCACUACUGUAUAUAAAAAGAGGACAAGGACUCUAAGUGUGUGCCUGGAACUGUCUGAAGUUUUUAGAGUGUUAAUCAGACUAAAAACGACCAUUAACACUCCGAUAGCUAUUUUGAAAGACUGUGAGCCAAAUCCUAUUUUCUUUCGUUUUGGUUCCAAGGAGCUGACGGGCGAGUAUCCUCCUGAGACACCAUAUACCCCUGGAACGCCUCUCCCACCCAUCAGACGGAGAGUGCGGACCGCCUUUGAGUUUUCUGAGUUCAUCAUCAGUGGAGAGAAUGAUAAGGUGAAUAAACUGAUCAUCAUAGACUCUAUCUAUCUGAAAUAAUGAAUAUAUGAAUUUCAUAUGUUGGAACCGCGGAAUGAAGAAAUAAAUGCAAUGAAGAUCCCCGCGGUUAAAGACGCAACUUACCCGGGGAAGAUGAAGAUUAAAUAAGUUGGAUAAGCUUUGUCUUUAACUGCGGUGAUCUUCAUUGCAUUUAUGUACUCUGUCUGUUCUUUAAAUGGCAUUGAAUUUUUUUUACGCUCGACAAUCACUUGGGAUCCACAAACUUUAGAACUAUUAAACUAGUGAAACUAUAUUUGACCAGCAAACUCCGAUGUCGCUCUGCCUCAGUCUGUUUGUCGUGUCCCUGGUUUACAGUGAUUUCCACCUUUAAAAACGAAGCCUGCCUCUCCCACCGCAAGGUUUUGUGUACAAAGACUGCAUUUAAAUAAGCAUUCUCGGUAUAACCGACGAAACGCUCACCCAGUACUGUUGAUGCCUAAAAAUCCGCACGCACCUUCGACAUUUAGUGCAAAAUCGUUUUGCAAAGGUAAAUUUUCGCAUUUUGCUCUGAGGGAGAACUUGUAUUCAAGGAUCUGCAAUUCGGCUAGUGAUGUUACUAAAUUCCAUAUUGUUCAGUAUAUGUGAGUUAUUCGAACUGUAAAUGAAGUGACUUUGGCUUACUAUAUUAAAUUUUGGAAUCUUGGAAUGUUUCUAUAUUGAUCUCUGCUAUUUAUUUCCCUCUGUCUGUCUUCAAGAACGAGGAAAUCAAGAAAAUGGCCAGAGAAGUUGAGAUCCAGACUCAGAUCACUAAUGCAGCACAGGUAUGAAGAACAAAAGAGAAUAGUGAAACAUGUUGAUUGUUCACGCAGCAGAAAAACGUUUGGCCAUUUUGUAUCGUUCGGACUUGCAAAUCUUACCAAGCGAUUAGCGAUUUUAGGACGCAAAGCAAUUUCGAGCAAUUCACCACUUUAGAAAGGAGAAGGGAACUGCAGUGGCGGAUCCAGGGGAGGGGCCCGGGAGGACGCCCUCCCCCCCCUUAUUUUUAGACCAAACUGAGGCCCGAAGGGGCGAAAAAUAUUUUUUUGAGACCGCCCCCCCCUUCCUUAUGUGAAGGUAAACUGGAGCCAAAAUGCGUCCCGCAAUUGAUUCUGGGAUCGUUACUGUAGACGCGCCGGUGGUCAGCUAUUGGCCAAUUUUUUUCCCUGUCCCUAGUAACAGUCCCAGAGGUGUUUGCGAAGGUUAACACGGCCCAGCUUCCGGCGUUAGGUCAGCAUUAGAUCCCAUCGGCCUAAACCCCUUUGGACACCUUAUUAAGUUUACAAAACGUAGUAUUCUUGAUUGCCUCUACACUUCACUUAGAUAAAAUUUCUAAGUUUUUUUGGCAUUUCUGCUCAGCCGGGAAAUGUUCAUGAAAGGGUAAGUCUCUUCAAUUUUUAACGGGAAAAAAAACAGAAGAGUGAGAGUAAGAAUGGAACCCGGAGCGUAGUGAAUGCAGUCCAUCACCUAUACCACUACGUUUGCUGGCGAGCAUUGGUUUGAUUUGAAGCUAUAUGAAAACAACCCUAAUCCUAAAUAGAAACUAACCGUUUAGAGUCGGUGUUUAAUCCUAACCAGUAUUGUUGCUUAUCCCUAAUCACUUUAGUCAGUGCUCGAAACUGAAGCGGUAAGGAAUACUAUGUUGUGUAAACUUCAUAAGGUGUCCAAGGGGGUUUUAGCCGAUGGGAUCUCAUGCUAACCUUGGCGUUAGGUCUCUCCCCGAUUUUCUCGCCCCAGUCUCUCCCUUUCUGUGGUAAAGCUGGCAGAUACUACUUUUGUCAUGAACAUCAUUUAUCAAAAUCGGAGAGUUUUCUCUUCCGGUGAAUUUUGAAUGUGUGUGUGUGUGGAGCUCCCAUGUCAGUGGAACAACAAGUAUAAGAUGAGGAAGGAUUCAAUGGAAAACCUCGUUUGGCCUUUUUUUCAUGCGCUGGUCAUAUUGUUUGGUUGGUUUUUGUCCAAAGAAGGUAGCAUAGCGACUGUUUGCCUCACCUAUUUUAAUAUAUCAAUGCGCCAAUCACUGAGGCUUAUCGGCUCUAAAACAAUCGCGAGUGAACUCAAAUUACAAAGUUAUAUUCUUCCUUAAAUAGUCGCGCUCGCUUAUGAAACCCGUUGAAGGUAACGUUUGUUCUGCUACUAUUUGGAAUUUCUCUGAAUGACUGAAACAGAUUUUCAGCAGCAGGGUAGAUUCAAUUUGACAUCGUCAAUUGCCGACCGUUGUUUGUUUGCUUGUUUGUUUGUUUAUAUACGCAUUAAUCAACAAUUUAAUUCAUUAAUUCUAGCAACUAGCGGAAGACCGCAGUGCUAAUAAGAAUGUGAGAAAGACCAGAAAGUUAACCUACCAAAAGUCUCUGAGAAGAGUGAGUAUUUUAUUUUUCCUUUUUGUUUUCCAUGUUUUCAUUUUCGCUUUUGUUUUAUUGCAUAGUUGUAACUGUUGUUGUCUCUAUUCUGAUUGUGCAUGCCUCCUUGAUCUUUCCACUCGUUCUUGUAGCUAAAAGACAUGGAGGAGAAUCUGAGAAGAGUUCAAAGAUCUCGAUUGGCUUCGGAGUCAAACCACGGUAAUGCAAGUUAAGACUGGUACCGAUUACAAAUUAAGGGAUUUCACUGCAUCAUCAUUUAUGUGAUUUAGUGAUGCUUAAAGUGACGUGGCAAACAGAAGAAUUCCAUAAGUCUGGUAAAGUUUAAGUUGGGAUGUAAAAGUGAAAACUUUUCUUUAUUUUCCGCGAGAAGCUGGGUACACACUGACACCUCCACGUAUCACUUCUCCUCUCGGCUGGAGGUUUCUUAUUCUCUCGUUUGAUCGGCAAUCGUUUCAGUUGUCAUGAUGAACCUACUUACAUUGAACCCCUCAUUUCCCUGAUCUACUAAGGUAGUUGAAUCCAAGAGAAAAUAUCGUAACACAGGUUAUUUCACUUCAACGAAGGUAAAGUUCGCAUUCUUGUACCAUGAAGAUAAGAGGCUGUCUGUCCUUGUUUUUGUACGCUUUUUUUGACCUUUAUCGUUUCGUUCUUUUAACUUUUGACAGGUCUAAGAGAUGGCAAUGCUGGAAUAGGUAAGUAACCUGUAGCAAGGUCAAGCAAUAGCCAGAGAAAACAGGCGACAUUUCGCGACGACAACACUGGUUUCCCCGAGAAAUGACGUCUGAGAACCGAGGGCAGAAUUCCAUAGUACUAGUGAUGACAUGCCAUUACUCAGCUCUAGGUGGUGCUUCUGAUUGGUUGAAGCAAGUUUUCAACCAAUCAGAAGCGCUACCCAUAUUGCGGUAGCGAAACGUCAUCAGUAUAGAAUUUCUGCGCUCGUUUACUCAGUUUCCAUCGGGGAAACCGUUGGUGGAGUCGUGAAAUGUCGGCAAUUUUCUCAGGCUACGUUCCUUACCGCACUUUGGCUAAAAACGUCUUAUGUUGCACGUUGGCUGAUAGCAGAGCCAGUAGUUUAAGUGAAAGGCUCUUAUUUUACGUCGGUAACUCGUGAACAGUGCACAUUACACUGACAUGCCUGAGGCCGACGGUACUGUCAUUUACCCCCUUCUCUCUCCAUCAGUGCUCCCUUUAAUGGAUAUUUAAAGCUACUUUAAGCUACACGGAAAGGAAAAUUGUUGAAAUAAGGAUUUCAGGUCACACUUGUGCUGGAACUCGUUGAAAUAAGGAUUUCAGGUCACACUUGUGCUGGAACUCGAAUCCUCUUACACAGAAGGCCGCUUACUAACCAACUGUGCUAAUCCUUGCUGCCAGUCGCGUCAUAACGUGAGUUUAAUUGGAGAAAGUCCUGGUCUCAGUGGUACUGGAUAAAGUAACUGAGUCAAUUUUACCAGUCAAUCAAUAAGUAACUGGAUUUUCUGUUCUUUUGAAUAGGGCUUUAUCGUACGACUUCAUCUUCCGACGCCAACAGCUACACAAAAGCUGAAAGGUUAGACCCUCAUCGCUAUCGAACAAGUGCCGGCCUGAGCGUUAGUUCACGGGCGUCAAGCACUUACAGCGCGGAAAGCUUUUCAAGCGACCGGGAGUCCUACAGCGGACCCCCCUCUCCGGUCAUGUCACCGUAUAGGAGAGCUCCCCCGAGCCCUGCCACACGAUCUUAUCAGGGAUUUCCAGAAACAAGACGGAUGCGUAGCCCGCCCUCUAACCGUCCACGAGCGGAGAGAUUAUCACCCCGCGAAGAAAACUCUCGAGCAGUUCCGGCAUUUCAGUAUUCGGAUAGCGAGGACUCGUCCACGAAGCCUUCUUCGGCUAGUUCGUAUGCGAACUCGGAAGAAAAUGGCGAACCUUACUGGCCUCACCGGAGGAUGGGAAACUCAUGCGAUAGCCUAAAUGAAAAUCAGCGUCGAGGCCCCAGUCCCCGCUUGAUUAUCAGUCGCUCGGCCGGGCAGAGUUAUGAGAGUCUGAACAGUGAUCAGGAAGGUAGCAGUUCACCAUAUAGUCCAGGCCCCAUGCGGACUCAACGGUCAUUUUCGUUUGAUGCUCGUCCUGUAAACUCAAAGCUGUCGGGAGUGAGAUACCUAAAUACUAGUGACUUGGGAAUUGUGAGCACCUCUGGUGCCGCUGGCAGUUAUUCUGUCAAUCAUAACUCAAAGAUUCCGCCUGGUCUUUCCAGGAGAGGAUACGUUUCUACUUCUCUCUCCACCAUUAGUAAAGCAAACACGAAGUCUGAUUCGAAUUUAAGAACAGCCAAAUCUCAAGUUCACAUGUCUACGCCUUACUUGACAAACCCGGGAUAUUAUCGAACUAAUCGGCUUUCAGGGCCGUCAAUAUUUGAAGAGGACUUGCUCGAGUGGAGAGCGGCUGACGAGGCAGAGGCAACGCUGGUGUGAAGAAAAAUGGAUGGAAGGAGGGAAGUCACAUCAAAACCUGUCUAAUAUCUUGCUAGCCCUUCUGAGAGCCUGCGAAUCUACAGAAAAGUGCUUACGAGUACUUGCCAGUCUCUUUGAAUUCAUUAAUAGGGUAUCAUAAAAAGGGAUGCAUUUCUCUUUGGGAUAAGAAUAUUCCAGAUCACUAAGGAAAAUAAAUGAAGGAUUCCACAAGCUGCCUUGGAUUAUUGUAGAGGAUUUCUACUAGUCCUCGAGAUAUAAUUACAUGGAUUGUAUUUCACUACAUCUCGUUCAUAUUGUUGUUCGAUAUGAGCAUCAACAAAGAAGAAUUUUUUUGUAGUCGUUUGAAUUAAUUUGUAUAGACAUUGAAUAUAAAACUGGCCAAACAAGUGCCCAGCUUAAGUUAUGCUAACUGCGGAGGCUCCUUAGAGCCUCGUAAUCCACACCGUGACGAUCUUAAAGCUUGGCAUAAGGUCAGGGUAGCCGUUGGGUGAAAACCUGGAAACGUUUUAAAUAAUGGCACAGAAAAACGGGCCGGGAAUGCAAUAAACUUGGUUCUUAUUGUUAUUUUUAAGGUGAUAGUGCUUUGUACAGAUUGUAAUAAGUUAGGUAUAUUUUUAUAGUCUUUUACGUCUUGUUAUGUAGGUUACACUGUCAUUUAUGUUUAAAAUUGAGGAUUGAUCUGUAAUUUUUUUUCUGCUCGACUCUAACCAUCGAAAUUCCUCCGGUACUACACAGAUGUAUUGGAUCACGAUCCCUUGAAUCUGCGGCACUUGAUUUCUCGUGCUGUUUCUGAUUGAGAACUGAACGAUAGGGAAAUGUUAAGGUAUUUGCUCGGUAGACUGUGAAGGAUUUCGAUUUGAGGAUGACAGCUCAGUAGCCCGAGAACAGCAGACGUAUUUCUGGUCGUCGCUUCUGCUCGUCCGAAAAAUAGAGGGAGGGAGAGAAGCGACGCCCGAAAUACGUCUGCUGUUCUCCGGCUAACAACUCAGUGGCUUUAUCUAAUUUAUUUUAUAGGUUGUUUCUUGGUGUUGCGGAUGCGUACAGUCACCAAAUGACUUAAUACAAAAGAGUGAAAAUAUACUGAACAAUUGCUUCCACCCAGCACAAAAGCCAAACAACAGUUACCACAACAUCAAGAAACAGCCAUUUUAUAGAAUCAGUUAAGCGUAUUUCAGGUUAUAAAUAUUUUAAAUUACAUUUUGCGUUGCAAUAGGAGGUGCAAUCUGAAGAAGUCGCAAUAAUACCGUUUUGUUUUUAGCAUUACCGCUAAGUGUAAACACUACCGACACCUUUUGCUAUGUUAGUCACAUUUUGAAGUACAUUGUAUUCGCAGAUACCGUAGGAAGGUACUUGAAUCUUGAAUUGCAACCAGUACGUAAAGUCAGCGGAUUAUCUCGCUGGAUUUCAAUAGUGUUUCCUCUCGGCGGUUAUGGUCAAUUCGAAACGCCCAUUAAUUUCAAAAGGAUUCUUUUACAAUAGAAAUAUCGGUUGUUACAAUAAUUAUAUCUUGUAAAUAGCUUAUGCAAAUGAAUAUCAUUUCAAUG